AUGAUUGAAUUGAUCGACUCGUCCACUUUCCCGUGGUCUUGUAGGAUCAUCUUCUUGCGUUCACCAGACGAAAUAAAUCUGUCUGGGUUCUUAUUGUUACUGGUUCGACUUUGGUUUUCGCCGUCAACCGCCGUCUCUCAUCGUCUCUGUCUUUCGGCGGAUGCGAAGGCGUGUCGUGCCUGUAAAUUACAACGAGCGAUAUAUGCAAAUGGGGAAAGUUUCUCACGCGGUGCUUUUCCACCCGAAUUUGCUGAUACUAUCCAGAAUGUAACGGUGUCGCUAGGAAGGGACGCAACGUUCACGUGUCUGGUCAAUCAUUUGGGAGGCUACAGGGUUGGUUGGCUGAAGGUGGAUACCAAGGCGAUCCAGGCGAUCCACGAUCACGUAAUAACUCACAAUAACAGGGUCUCGGUGUCUCACAGCGAUCACACCACGUGGAAUCUCCACAUAAAGAGCGUGCAGAAGGAGGACGAGGGACUGUACAUGUGCCAGAUUAACACAGAUCCGAUGAAGAGUCAGGUGAAGUUAACGUGCCGUGCAAGAGGCGUGCCUCCACCCAGCAUAUCGUGGCGCAGAGAAGACGGGAAGAACAUUAUAAUUCGGAAGCCAUUUGCAGGAACCGCCUUGAACCAGAAGUCUCACGUGACCUCGGUGAGCGAGUUCCACGGCGAGGAGCUGAAGCUGACAAAGAUAUCGAGAAACGAGAUGGGAGUUUAUCUGUGUAUCGCCAUCAACGGCGUGCCGCCAGCGGUCAGCAAACGUAUUUCUAUCAACGUUCAUUUCUCGCCGGUAAUUCACGUACCUAAUCAACUGGUUGGUGCACCUCUGGGUACGGACGUGGUCCUGGAAUGUUUUGUCGAAGCUUCGCCAAAGUCGAUUAAUUAUUGGGUCAAGGAUAACGCAAUGAUAAUAUCGAGCCAGCAACACGACGUGCAGAUGAUUGAAAAAUCAAAGUUUGAGGUCCGGAUGGUAUUGACUAUUCGCAAUUUGCAAAAAGACAACGUAGGUACAUACAAGUGUGUGGCCAAGAAUUCUCUUGGUGACGUCGAGAGCAGCAUUCGAUUGUAUGGCCCCACGAAAACUCAGACAGCGGCUCGGCCAUCGUUCUACGACGAGGAAGAUGAAACGGUGUACGGUUCGGCAGAGAUGGAAAAAAUGGACAACAGACCUCUAUCGGUGGACAACACGAUCAACGGGCACGCGGGAUAUCCGUCGGUCGCGACUCCAGUGCCGACCACGAGGAUCGGCAAGAAGAGGCCAACGAUUCACGCCGUGAACAAUUCCAACGCGGAUCGUCAUCGAGCAGCUUCCGAUCUCCUCAUCGUUCUCAUGCUGAUUGUCGCUCAAAGUCAAGGACGUCAGUGA